CUCCUCUUCACUCUUAUAUUGUCACUUAAACAGAUCUCCCUCACUUUGGCUCCAUGGAAACGCUAACUUAGCGUUAGCGAAAGGAAAGCAAGAUGGGACAGACACUCUCAGCGUUCUGGGACCAGACUUAUUUCAUCCCGAAGCCUACAUUUACGGAAAACGAUUUACCGGAUUUAACUGGCAAGGUCUACAUCAUAACUGGCGGCUAUACGGGCAUCGGCUUCGAACUAGCCAAACUCCUCUACCCCAAAAACGCCACUCUUUACAUUGCCGGUCGCUCUGCUUCCAAGGCCUCCACUGCCAUCAAAUCCCUGCAAUCUACAUUCCCAGCGUCCCGCGGCCGUCUCGAAUUCCUGUCCCUCGACCUUGCGGACCUGAGCACCAUCUCUGCAUCAGCCUCUGCCUUCCUAGCGAAAGAGGAGCGCCUAGAUGUCCUGACGGCGACAAAUGUUUAUGGCCCUUUUUUGUUUACGAAGUUGUUGCUGCCAGUGCUGCGGAGUACGGCGAAGACCGUAGAGACGGGGACUGUGAGGGUGACGUGGGCGGCAAGUUUUGCGAUUGAGAUAAUGGGGCCGAAGGGCGGUGUUGUUUUUGUUGACGGUGGGAAUGGGGAUGAGGUUUUAUAUGGCCAGAGUAAGAUUGCGAAUGUGAUGUUGGGGGUUGAGGGCGCGAAAAGGUGGGGUGGGGAGGGAAUUAUUUCAAAUAGUUUCAACCCCGGCCACCUAGCCUCCGAACUCACUCGCCAUGCGGGAUGGAUGGAACUCAUGGCUGCGAAGGCUAUCUGUUACCCCGUCAAAUGCGGUGCUUAUACUGAACUUUACGCUGGCUGGUCCCCCGACAUAACCCCAGCCAAAAAUGGAUGCUACAUCAUUCCAUGGGGUCGCAUCGGCAACUACAACACAGGGCUGCAGAAAGCAAUUUCUCCCAUCUCAGAAGCUGGCGAUGGGGCGGCCGAGAAGCUGUGGACGGUUUGCGAGAAGGUUGUUGAGGGGUAUUUGUGAUCUGGGUAGAUUGGUGGGUUUGUGUGGGUGAUGAGGGCUUGGAGCUUAAGGUCUUGAUGUCGUAUUAGGGACGGAUCGAGUCGGGCUUUCGUGUAUAAGCACGCAGGCGUGUGCUCGGUGGGGAUGUAUAUAGAAGGCCAAGGUGGAGUUUUGCG